AUGACUAAAAAGCAACAAGACGAACUGAAUUCAAGUUUUAACAACCUUCCCUGGGGUCUCCCAUUAGGUUUCCCAUCGUUAUCGCCAUUUGGUGCAUUUCCAGCUUUUGGUUUACCUACACCGAAUUUCCCUUCAUUGAACAGUUUUGCUUCAUCAACACCAACUGCCUUUCCUUCUUCACUUCUGUCAAAUGAUUCAACAACUAAUCCAUCAACAGCAUCGACUGAUGCUUGGACAAAUGGAUUAUCCGCAGCAUCAACUAAUCCUAUGGAUUAUAAUGAAUAUAUUAAACAAUUAGGUUUUCUCAUGAAUGCAUUUACUGAACAACAAAAACCGCCAGAAACCGAUAAAUCAAAAGGUACAAGUGCAUAUCUUCUAAUCUGCUAUGUUAGUUCUUAUCUUUCAGCCUCUCCUUCAAUAAAACAUUCAAAAUCCAAAUCGUCUCAUACUCCUUCGACAUCAUCUUCACCCGAUGUUCAUUGUAGUAAGAAGCAUGAUGAUUCUCGCCGUUCAUCAUCAUCGAACAAAUCAUCAUCACGUCCGAAAACGUCCUCAAAUCAUCAAUCAUCCGUACCUUCAACUCCAACGCAUGCAUCUUCAACCAAAACAUCUACGACUAAUGACUCAGCUAUGCUCGAUCCGUUAACAUUUGCAACUGCCAUGGCUAGCAGUGGCUUACCAUUUCCAUAUCUAUUUCCAUCACUACUCUCUCAAACACCCUCAACAGCAACAACUGCGGGAACAAAUAAUAAUCCUUCGACAUAUCCGUUUUCAGCAUUGUCGUCAUCUCUAGCUAAUCCAGCUGCUGGACUCUAUCCAUUUCUUUCACCUGACUGGUUUACGUCAGCGCCAGGCUUAGGAAAUACUACUCCGGAUUCUAAACAAUCGAAAAAACGUUCGAAGUCAAUUCGAGCUUUAACGGAAGAACAGGAUAAGAAUACUUCGAGUUUACUUCAUACGACCAUAGUGGAUCCACAUAACACAAAUGGUUUGCGUUUAAGCCGCCGAAGUAGUACAAACGAUACACCUGUUGAUGAUUCAAAAUCGAAUGACGACGAUGAUUCCGAUCCAAAUCCGAAGCGCAAGAAAAUUGAAGAAGUGAAUGAAACACUCGUACGAAUACCGUUGAAUCGCGGAUGGAAGCGUGUAACGAUCGUUCGUGCGAUAACACGAACUGGUGUACGUGGUGAUGUUUCAUAUUAUGCGCCAUGUGGUAGAAAAUUACGUUCGUUUCAAGAAAUCGAUCGAUAUUUAUCAAAGAAGAACAUCACUGACCUAGAUCGAUCACAUUUUACGUUUAGUUCCAAAGUUCAUAUUGGUUUUUUCCAUGAGCCAAAAGAAGGUCCUGAUGGAAAAACAAUUUUUCAAGAAUCUACAGAAGAUGAAAUCGUUAAUCGUAUCUUAGAAAUCAAUCCCAAAUUUCAUCGUAUUGAGACAUCUUCAAGUCCGUGUGGCACUCCUAGUAAUGGCACGAAUGAUCAUCAUGAUGAAAAUCGAAAACUUCGUCUAGAACAAGAAGAAAUGUCUAAACGAGCAGCAGAAAUCAAAAAGAAAAGCGAUCCAAUGCGUUUUAUGCGCAACGUUAUGAGUGAAAGUCCCAAAACAACCGAACCGCAGUAUCAACACAAUGAAUUUAUUAAAGCCAUCAUUGAACAACAAAAAUUCGCUCAACAACAAGAACUCGAACAUAAGCAAAAGUCUCAACAAGAACAACAAGAACAAGAACGUAAACGUCAAGAGCUUAUGUACUUAAAGCAACUUGAACUAAAAAAAAGACACGAAGAAAAACUCUUAAUACUAGAACAACGUAAAGCAGAAAAGAACGCUGAACGUGAAAAGAAAAUCCAAGAGAAAUAUAUGGAGAUCGUUCUAGCUAAAGAAGCAAAACGUAUCGUUGAAGAUAUGCAAUUACGCGAUCUAAAGCCACUUCCAACGCUGAAACCAAUCGAAAACAUGCGUCUAUCUGCAGAAGGUUUUGCCAAUUGUUUGAUGAUUAUCGAAUUUCUCAACAAUUACAAACAUAUUCUUCAGAUCCCUGAUAAUUUAAUUCCAUCGUUGAACAAUCUACAACAAUCGUUGACUAGUUCUUCAUCGUCACGGGAUUUAAAUUCUCUUUGUCAAAUUCUUCUUCGUAUUGCAUUGGAAGAUCCGGGUAUUCCUAACCCGAAAAAAGCGCUGACUAAUCUUGGACAGAAGCUGUCCGAAAUCGACAUCACUGAACAUACAUUUGGAGAAAUUCUACGCAUCUAUAUCCGCGAACGUAAUGGAUUCGAUGAUAAAUUAACUCAAAGUCUGUCAGAUACAUCUUUUCAAACAUUGAUUGCCGAUGAAAAGGCGGAGAUUUUGGCGUUUUUAUGUAAUGAUUUAUCGACAAAUAAGCAAGUUGUUGAUGAAAUCGAUCGUAAUCUCGAGGAACUAACCGGUCUAAAACAUGAAAAAUUGGAACUUGAGAAACGCUUGCGUCGAUUGAAAUUCGAAAAAUACAACAAUAAUCCGAAUAGUAAUCCGAAUGUUAAAAAAAUGGCGACUUUAAUUCGAGAAAAAGAUAUGAACAGUUCUGACAAUGAAAGUCCAGAUGAAAGUGAUGGUGAAUCGAAUAAGAAUGAAGAAGAAACAUCGAUUACAAACGAUCCUGCAACGAUCACAGCAGAUGAUCAAGAUAUCGAAACGUUGGAUGAAACGAAAAUUGAUGAUCUUGACAAACGUCUUGCACUUGUUACACGAAAAUACACUCUCAUCAAACGUCGCGUUAUCGAUAAACAAUGCCGGAUUCGUGCACUUCAUCUUGGCCAAGAUCGUUAUCGUCGUCGUUACUGGUAUUUUUCACAUUUACCAGGAAUUUAUAUCGAAGGACUUACAUCGGGUGAUAUACCCGCAGACGAUAUUCAAAAUAUCGUCGAAAGUGUUACUAAACAAAAACUUGAUAAUAAACCGGUAACGAUGGGUAAUGAAUGCAAUUCAUCGUCACGUUCUACUCAACGUAAAAAGCAGCAGCAAACGAAAGUAACGAAUGUCACGUCAUCUCCACAUCCACUACCGACUGUUAAUCCUAUGGAAGAAGCAACUCCGAAUGAAUCGAGUCAAAUCAAAGCGGAAACGAUUGACAAUGAAGAGGAAGAGAAACCGCAAUCAGAAACACCGAACAACGUCUCAGAAGAUCUGGCUACAAUGGAUCUAUCGGCUUUUUGUAUGGCAGUUCAACGAGAUAACGAUGAUCAAGCUGCAACUAUUGAGAAAGAGAAACCUGCAACGAAUGGAACAUCGAAUGAGACUGAAAUUAAAACUGAACCGAGUGAUGAACAGAAUGGUGAACGCGAAAUAACUGACAUUGUUGAUGAUAAUCUUCCACUUGAUCUUUCAUGUUCAAAAUCGAAGCGUUCAUGUCAAGAUGAUUAUUGGGCAACUCAGCAUAAGCAAGCAGUUUAUCCGCUAACAACGAAUACGGACCAGUUCCAAGAAUUGAAUGAUCUGGCGACAACUGCAAUGCUGUUGAAUAAUAUUAAACAAGAACAACUCAAUCUUAGCACGCCGAAAAAUCUUCUAGAUUUUACCAGUCCGAAUUUUCAAAACUUACUUUCGAAUCAAUUUAUGUCUUCAUAUAAUUUUCCGUCUCCAAUUAAAGAAGAAAUAUCCACUGUCAAUUUCAAACAAAUUGAACAAUCUAUACGGGAAAAAUCUCAAUAUUCCCAACCUUUGCCUAUUCCAGAUGAUGUUCAAUUGGGCUGGUGGUUGAUUCAAACAUCAGAAGAAGUACGAACUCUAAUCAAAUGUCUCGCUAAACGUGGUCAACGUGAACGAUAUCUAUGUCGAAUGCUGCAGCGUUAUUCUGACGUGAUUAUCAAUUCAAUGGCAAAUAACAAACUUGACAAUUCCUCUGUGCCGACAGAAAAUGAAACUGAGAAUGAGAAUGAUGAACAUCAACAAGCACAAAACUCGAAUGAUUCUAUGGACAAUGACAAUUCGAAUUUCGAUGAUACACAUGAGAUGGAUGUACUAAAUGAAAUUUAUAACUUAUCCGACCGUAUCGUUUCAGCGAGCCUUCAAUGUCGAUCGUUUGAUGUAAAUUUAACGCGUAAACGUUUGACUUAUUCGGAUAUCCAAGCGAAAGGUACGGAUAUUCUCGACGAAGCGAAACAUUUGUUAACCGAAAUCGAACGAAAUAUCGAACGACGUUAUUUGAAACAUCCAUUCGUUCGCAAAUGUGAAUUGAAUCUUUCAUCAUUAAACCGUAUCAAUCAAAACAGCACAUACCAUCAUACACUAGAAAAUUCUACCAGUGAAAUUGUUUCAUCGUCAAAAUUCGACGAAGUUCCACAACAACUCGAACGAUGGAGACGAACUGUCAAUGAAUCACGCACACCAGCGCAGCUAGCAUUAUGUUUAACACAAUUAGAACGCUGCAUUGCAUGGGAACGAUCAAUUAUGAGAGUUUACUGUGAAAUCUGUAAUUCUGAUGUAGACGAAGAAAAGUUGUUGCUAUGUGAUGGAUGUGAUCACGGUACACAUACCUAUUGCUUCAUUCCACCGAUGUCAUUUAUACCACCAAAUGAUUGGUAUUGUUACGUUUGUAUCGGUAAAGCCAAAGGUGAAAAUUUAUGCUUUGUAUGCGGAAAUAAAGGUGAUACGCAACUCAAUCGCUGUGAGCAUUGCGGAAAACUCUUUCACGAAGAAUGUUUGAAAAACGCGAAACAACAACGAGGAAAAUGGCUGUGUGUGUUAUGUACAGCGAAUGAUAGUACAGCUUUGAUCGCUAGUUUAACAGCUGGAACAAAUAAUACGAAAUGGCAAGCAGGCCGUCAAACAUCACGCUCAACGAAUACAUCAGCCAACGCGACGAAUAACUCAGCAUUGAAAUCUCGUCAACCAUCUGUUACAUCAACGAAUUCCGUCACUACUACCAACGGUGAUUCGAAUAACAACUCUUCCACAACGAAUCGUAAUCGAUCGGCUAACAAUAACAAUCGUAAAUCGAAAGGACGAAAUAGUGUACAUAAUCUGGAAAGUUCGAUCUUACAAGAAUCGCAUUCGAAUUCAUCCCAAGCAGAUGCGAUGAUGAUGAGUCAUUUAAACGAAUCGUCCUCAAUGCAAUCACUAUCCAACGCGGGUGAUAUUGACGACAAUGAUGACGAUGAUGUUCCAUCACCAACUAUAGGUAGUACAAACAAUAACAAUUCAUCAAAGAAAAAGCCAGCUCGAAAGUCGAAAACAAAUAGUGAUAGUAACGAUAUCAAAGCUUGCAAAAUUAUUCUCAAUGAAUUAUUUAAGAAUGAGUCAUCAUGGCCAUUUCAAACCGCUGUCGAUGCCAAACAACAUCCUGAAUAUUAUGAAUGCAUCAAAACUCCAAUGGAUUUUGCCACAAUGAAAAGAAAGAUGCGCAAUCAUCAAUAUACGAAACGCGAAGAUUUUUUUCAAGAUGUACAAUUAAUCUUAAAUAAUUGUGAAUAUUAUAAUGAAGAUGAUAGUCCUGUGGGCGAAGCUGGCCAUGCUUUACGAAUAUUUUUCGAAUCAAAAUGGGCAAAGCAAUUCGAUUAA